UGCCUUUUGUUUACAGCAUGGAUCUGCCGCUGGACCACACCGCUGCUGCAAAACACCUCCGCAAGUGCCAUGACCUGCCACUGUUCCUGUCUGUUCGCAGCUCUUGACGACUAGGCAAUUUCCCUUUGCCCAGGAUCGGCAGCUGCAGAAGGCUUGAGGACCACUAUUCGACCUUCUGGAAUUCUACUGUUUGUACCGAUGAGCGCCAAGACAGACAUUAGAGCUAGUGCUUUUGGAAUCCGGCCCCAUUCCUCGGGCAUGAACGAUUGAUAUACCCUUGACCGGUCGAAUUUCCCUUCGGAUCCCACUCCUGCUCCCUCGGACUCAGCUUCCAACUCUCAAGAUAAUGCAACGCGUUCUGAUCUACCUCUUACGCCGGGAUCUUCGACUAGCAGACAACCCUGUCCUGCAUGAGCUGUCGCGAUUGAAUGGACAGCCACAAAAGCCGUUCACCCAUGUCUUGCCGAUGUUCGUCUUCCCUGCUGAACAGGUUGAAGUAUCCGGUUUUCUGAAAUCUCCACGAGAAAAGUCACCCUAUCCUGAAGCACGAAGUAGAGUCGGUGGCUUCUGGAGAUGUGGAAAGCGUCGCGCCAAGUUCACAGCCGAGUCUGUAUGGGACGUUAAGAAAGAUCUUAAUCAGCUUUCCAGCGAUCUCAUUGUCCGUGUAGGAUCGGUGAAGGAUGCUGUUCAGUCCAUUCUGGAAGGUUAUCGUGGCAGGGAUGAUGCAGAGAUACAUGGUCUAUGGAUGACCGCUGAGGAGGGCUGGGAGGAGAAGAAUGAAGAAGAAGCUGUGAGGACCCUCCUCACUAAAGAAAAUAAGGAGUUCAAGCUGUGGACGGACGAGAAAUAUUUUGUGGACGACCGAGACAUACCCACUAAAGACGCCCGGGACCUGCCAGAUGUAUUUACUUCCUUCCGCAAGACAGUGGAACCAUUGCGAGAUGCUCCACGAAAGGCUCACCCUGCGCCAAGCGGUCUACCGCCUCUGCCUGAUCACAUUCCUGAGCAGGCCGCACCUUUCGCGAUUCCCAACUCUCUGGAGGAAGUUAUAGCAGCGCUGCACAAGCCACUGGAUGAUUCAGUGGGCAUCAGUGAUAUGCCCAAGCUACCACAGGGCGCGGAAUCUGCGCAUCCCUUCACAGGUGGGUCGAAAGCUGGGCACGAACGUGUUCAGCACUUGAUCGAAUCUGGGUCCAUGACAUCCUACAAAGACACCCGAAAUGGCUUGCUUGGAUUGGACUUUAGCACUAAGCUCUCGGCCUGGCUGGCCCUCGGAUGUGUGUCUGCCCGCCAAGUGCACUGGCAGCUCAUCGACUUCGAGGACGGUAAAGGCAGUGUUGGAAAAAAUGCAGAUGGAUACGGCAAAGGCGAGAACAUAGGCACUGCCGGCGUUCGCUUUGAGCUACUCUGGCGAGACUACAUGCGCCUUUGCACAAGGAAGUUUGGCACCCGACUCUUCUACCUGGACGGCUAUCGAGGCGACAAGCAGGCCAAAGACAAAUUCAUCAGCUCACCAUACACGACCUCUACAAACAAGAAGAACACGAACGGCGUCAAUGACAAAGACACGCGCAUCACAGUAGAACGCUUCCUCCAAGGCCGAACAGGCACAGGACUCAUCGAUGCCUCGCAACGAGAACUCUUCACCACGGGCUGGACAUCGAAUCGCGCGCGUCAGAACGUCGCAUCCUACCUCUCCAAACAUCUUGGCAUCGACUGGCGAAUCGGCGCGGAAUGGUAUGAACAAAACCUCAUCGACUACGACGUAUCCUCCAACUGGGGCAAUUGGCAAUACGUCGCAGGCGUCGGCAAUGAUCCGAGGGGCGAUGCGAGAGUUUUCAAUCCGGUGAAGCAAGCGGUGGAUUAUGAUAGCAAUGGCGAGUAUUGCCGCACGUGGAUCCCGGAACUUCGGCAUGUUGGCCGCGAUCAGCAUGGUCUAGAAGCUUUGAUGGGCGUCUUCCAGGCCUGGAGGAUUCCGGCUGAGGAGAAGAGGAAAUUGGGGCUUGAGGGUGUUGAGUGGGUUGAACGGCCGCUUAUUAAGAUUGAUUUCUCUGUUAAGCGGCGUGGGGCGGGCAGACCUAGAGGUGGGAGGGGGGAUGGUCGUGGGAGAGGUGGAGGUGGAGGUGGAGGCGGUGGGGGCGGCAGAGGUCGUGGGAGAGGAGGUCGUGGUCGUGGGGAUUGAAUGUAACUCGAGCACCGUGAGCAUCGCGACCGAGGUGUAUGAUAUGAUCUGUGUAUAGGGUA